AGCUUCCCUCUGAAAAUGGAAGUAACACAUUCGUUUGUGCUCUGCGUCUGAGAAAAAGAAGAAAAGCGGGGGUUAGAGAAGUGUGGUUGGCUGUUUCCUGCUUUGAGUUGAUGUGCGCGCAGAACAGAGAAGAGAAACUUCCUUGACUGUAGAGCUCAGUGUUCUGACAUUGUAGAGAGGACGCUUUUACUUUUUUAAUGCUGUUCACGUUAAUUUAAGAUAAAGUGGGAGCUUUAAAACAGAAUCAUGAGCCGGGGAUCUAAAAGUAAAGCGGACAACACCCAGAGCUCUCUGCUGAGCCCGCAGGAGAGCGAGAAGCUGGAGGAUCUGCUGGGCAGAAGGUGUACUUCCAUGGCUACAGCAGUAGCACAGCUGUACAUGGCUCUGCCUCACAGUCCAUCCAUGUGGAGCCUGCAGCACACAGGCGUGGUCUGCUUCGUCAAAGACAACCCUCUGCGCUCCUACUUCAUCCGCAUGUUUGACUUGAAGACAGGGAGGCAAGUUUGGGAGCAGGAGCUCUACAACCAGAUUGUUUACUUCUCACCACAGCCAUACUUUCACACCUUUCCUGCAGAUGACUGUCAGGUCGGAUUGAACUUUGCUGAGCGACAGGAAGCUGAGGCUUUCCAAAAUGCUGUGCAGGAGAAAAUCAACCAAAGAAGCAAUCGCCAGGAUAAGAAACAGCGCCCUCUGCCGAGCAGUGACAGAGGUUCCCUGCCUCAUGUCCCACAUGAAAAAGCCUCACCUGGCAGUCCUGGCUCUUUCCACAUGGCUACAGUGGAAAUCCAGAACCCAGAUAUCCAGUCCAACCGCUAUCGCUCGAUGCCCACACCUACUGGUGCCUCAGGCCUGAGCGUGAAAGGAAAGAAAGACAAGAAGAGCAAGAAAAAAGGCGUGAAACUCUCCAAAGCAGACAUAGGAGCUCCCAGUGGAUUCAAACAUGUUUCUCAUGUGGGCUUUGAUCCAAACAAUCUGGACCCUGACCUGUCGAAGCUGCUCUCCAAGGCUGGGAUCGGUGAGGCUGAGAUGAGGGAUGAACAAACCUCCCAGCUCAUAUAUAACAUCAUCGAGCAGUCUGGAGGAAUGGAAGCAGUCAAACGGGAGGCCAACAGAGCAGCCUCCGGACAUCCACCACCUCCACCUGGUAGACAAGGACCUCUGCCUCCUGUUCCAGGCUCCGGUCACUCUGCUCCAACCCCCCCACCUCCACGAGGUCGCUCUGGCCCCCUCCCUGCUCUCCCAGGCCAGCCGCAGCGAGGGAGCCCUUCUUCCCAUCCGCCUCCAGCACGAGGAGGAGUCCCAGCCCCACCUCCUUCAAUGAACAGAGGCGGUCCUCCUCCUCCACCUCCACCAGCACACUCUACAUCUUCUCACUUCUCAUCACCUCCUCAAAAAUCAUCUUCACACAGCCUGCCUCCUCCCCCACCUCCGUCCAGCCAACAGCGCUCAGGUUUCCAGCCUCCUCCUGUUCCAUCUGCACCUGGCAGAGGAGGUGGGGGACCUCCUCCUCCUCCUCCUCCACCUCCUCCUGCACCUGCUCCAUCUUCAGAUUUCCGUCCCCCUCCUCCUCCUCUCUCUGGUGGUCCACCACCACCUACUCCGCCAUCCUCCGGCAGCGGAGAAGGCAGAGGAGCCUUGUUGGAUCAGAUCCGACUUGGGAAGAAGCUCAAAAAUGUUACAGAAAGUCCUGAUGCAGCUCCAAGUGCAUCACAAGGGUCUGAAGAGGGCAUUGUGGGUGCUCUUAUGUCUGUCAUGCAGAAGAGGAGUAAAGUCAUCCAUUCCUCUGAUGAAAGCGAAGACGAGGGUGGAGAUGAUGACGAUGACGAUGAUGAAUGGGAUGACUAAUAUGUAUUUUGAACUUGGCUCUCGUGUGAUUUUAAAUUUAAACCGUUUUCCAUUUUGCUGUUUUUUUACUCCCAAUAACUUCAAACUUGAACACAACUUGAACAUGACAGAGAGGUAGACUGCACAAGAAUAUGGACAUCAUGUCAGCUCCCCCAACUCAAAGCCUGGACAUUUAGAAGUCCACAACUGACUGGCUUCAGUGACAGUCAUAAAGCCCCGCCUCCUCCAUGUCAACAAAUUGGACUUGGGUCAAACUGAAAAAACAAGUUGCAAGUUAAAGAUUUUUUUCCCAAGCACGAUUUUUGUCUUCAUAAUUAGUCAUCAUCAUGCUGAUUUAUACCCCUUUAAUUUUUCCUGAAUUUAGUUUCAAUGUCAUUCAAUUCUUAAAAUGGGUUAUGACACCAUGAUUGAAACCUCUGUCGUCAAAUGCAGCUGUUGAGGAUGGACAGAAAAACAAACACAGGAGUCAUUGACCUUUCUAUAACUGCUUCAAAGAAUACUACAACUCCAAGAGCCAAUCCUUUCUGCAAAGACUCUGGGGCAGGGCGUAAAGUUAACUUUUUAACUCAUCUGCCAUUGGCUAGUGACCUCCAAAUAUUUUCCAGCCGUAAAUAUUUUUCACUGGCCAAAUAAAAACGUUUAGUGACAUUACUCCGUUUAGCUGUCUCUUCUUCUUCCUGAUCAUCUCCUGCCACUUUGUUCAUCUUUUUUGUUUGUGGUGGCUUCACGCCGGGAAUGUGUCGCCCCAUCUUCCUCGAAACGCUCUUCCCGCCGUGCUUCUUCAAGCAAAGGGAAUGAAUAGAACCCCAGUAGCUGACGUCACGCCGUUCCCAACGUACCAAAUCACAACACAAGUACAGCGCGCCGCGAGGGUCAAAAUAUCCUGACAGUCAACAGAAAUGGGCGGAAGUAUGAAAACCAAACCUCACAUGCAAUACGAAAAUUUUCCAUCGGCCAUUGGCGGGUGUGUGUUUUUGUUUUACACGCCAAAAUUAUUUUUUAGCCACCAUUGGCGCUUGGCGGGUGUUCAUUUUACACCCUGCUCUGGGGCCAUCCACGUGAGAUGUCAGCAGCUAUUGCAGGGAGUAUUUUGGUUUCACUUUUGUACAACAGGAGAAGGUGGAGAGACCCCUUUUCCAUCUUUAUAUACAGUCAAUGGACAGAAACUGUGUGAGUGAUGGAUUAAAAAGCUUGAAAAAUUCAAUAAAAAUGACUUGAAAUGGAAAAAACAAACAAAGUUUAAGAGAAUUCUGAAAUGUUUAUAUACUGUUUUGAACAUUUCCAGUGUAGGAUUCAUUAUUAUAACAGCACUGUGUUACUCGCAAUGAAGGUGAACAGAGGCUCUGACUGGAAAUAACUUGUCUCUUGUGCUUCCUUAAAAAGAGCCAUUUUUUAAAAAUCCUGUAAAUACAGCUUAUGACAGAACACCAACAAUCAAUACUAAAUCGGAUCCAUAUUCAUUCCCAUUUUUAUAACAUACUGUACAUAAAAAAAACAUUAUGUUCUGGUAUCAUUUUCUCAUACAUCUGUGCAAAGACCCCAUUUCCCUCAAAUCCCAACACCAACAAAGUGCAUAACUGGAAGAACACUGUACGCUAUACAAAUCUUUAACACUCACAUACAGGAGGUCACUAGAGCACAGGGCAGUAUGGGAGUCAUUAUAUGACAACAUCCACUGGAAUUAGCUUAGCAGAACACAUUACACCUUACAAACAUCAUAACACACCACAGUCCAAAACAGUAAAAUGUACAACUUGCCACAAACAACGACAGAAAUGCAUGCAACAUAUGCAUUUAUAUCAUAUCUUCAUACAAUACAAGAGUAAUCCAAUGACCAUAUAUAUUAUAUUCACAAUCAAUAUAUUACAUUUCUGUUUCAAGAUACUUUAAAGUACAACACCUGUGGUUUUGCACGUCGAGCCUAUCAACUACACUGUAUGACUGAACAUCACAGUCUGUUUAAAGAUGUAACAUAAAAUAUGAGAUCCAGUACAAAGAGCAGUUGUUUUUUAUUAUCAACACAGUAACAUUGUGCUUACGAGAUGGUAACCCUGUAGUCAUUAGAAAGCCCUUAUUGGUGCAUUCAAGGACUGUGGGAAAUGUAACAUUUAAAGCAAGCGUGAGAACCUUUUAGUUUGUGUCUAUUUAGGCAGCUCCUUGGAUAAAGAGAUACAUUUCCUGUA